ACUCUUUCGUGCAAAGUCUAACUGUAAAGUCGGUCGCGUCCAUGUCUGUGACAUCGUUUUUCUCGUCUUUCUUCAACACCGUGCACGGUGACGCACCGGAGGAGAAGCAGCCAGAAAACGAAACCAAGGAGGAGGAAGUCGCUGAGGCGGGGGAACCAUCGAAAGAGUCUGAGGAAGAGGAAGUAGAAGCUGAGGACAUUCACCCAGUCAUUAUAGAGGAACAUUUCGAACACUGCCAGGAGAAAGUGCAAUCUGGACAAGGCUUUAAAGGCGAGGACUGUGUGGAAGAACUCCUGAUGCACUGCGCCGAUGCUUGUGCUGCACCAAAAUUGUUCUCCAAGCUCAAGUAGACGCUAGGGUUAAUACUACAUUACAAUACACGCUAUCGUUCUUGAGGAGCAAUACCAUUUAUCUCUCCUGUCACUAAAUCCUACUAAGGAUCAUGUAUCAGUAGAUGCGCCGACGUCAUAUUGCUGUCGGGGUGUUCUCUCGUUUGAACUGCACAUUGUCAUGCGGUCUUGGUUCCAUUUAUCCAGUUUAAGACCGUUGGUUUUGAGACUAUGACCGACCUGUGGCCGAUGGUGAAAUUACAAAAUCUGAACGAUUUGUUUUUAUUUAUUUAAAUAUUCUUGUUUAUUGUCCGUUGGGGCGAAGCCCUAUGUUGGACAAUACUCACGAUAAUGC